GCCGCCGCCGCCGCCCGGACAAUGGGCCAGUGCAGCGGGAGGUGCUCGCUCGUCGCCUUCUGCUGCCUCCAGCUGGUGGCGGUGCUAGAGCGACAGGUGUUCGAUUUCCUGGGCUUCCAGUGGGCACCUAUUCUGGCCAACUUCCUUCACAUCAUGGCCGUGAUCCUGGGGAUCUUUGGGGCACUUCAGGGCCGCUCCCGCUGCCUCGCUCUGUAUGCGGGCUGGCUGCUGCUGUGGCUAGGUUGGAACACCUUCAUCAUCUGCUUCUACCUGGAGGUCGGACAACUGUCCCAGGACCGAGACUUCGUCAUGACCUUCAACACGUCCCUGCACCGCUCGUGGUGGAUGGAGAAUGGACCGGGCUGCCUGGUCACCCCCGUGGUCUCCUCCGAGAUGGUGCCCCAAGAGGACCACCACGUCAUCGCUGUGACCGGCUGCCUGUUGGACUAUCCUUACAUCGAGGUGCUCAGCAGCGCCCUGCAGAUCUUCCUGGCGCUGUUUGGCUUCGUGUUCGCUUGCUACGUGAGCAAGGUGUUUCUGGAAGAAGAGGACAGCUUUGACUUCAUCGGGGGCUUUGACGCCUAUGGCUACCAGGCACCGCAGAAGACGUCACACCUGCAGCUGCAGCCGCUCUACACGUCAGGGUGACACCGGACUCUGUGAAGCGGCGAGGCCUAGGCCCGGGCCGCCCGCUCCGACGCCGACCCCGGCUCGGCCCGGGCCUUCUGGUCCUGCUGGUCGGCCCUGCGGGGACCCGAGGGCCCGAGGGCUGGACGGGAGCGCCCCCUGGCGGCCAGUGUCCUGCCUGCCCCGCCACCAGCGGCGACCCCCCGCCACCUGCCCCCUCGCCCCGGCCGGCCGGGGCACCACCCCCGUGGACUCCUCGGUUUGAACCCCAGCCCCCCUGCAGCUCUGUGGACUGGGAGGAGCUGAGGAUGCCAGGGUUCCCAGGGAGUGCUUACGGCCGGGCUCGGCUUCUCCUGCCCGGGCCACAGCCGGAUGGACGGAGCCUCAGGGACAGAGGGAGACCGAAGCGUAGCACCCUCCCCCCCCCACCUCUCCCUGAGCUCUGCACCUCUCUGCCCCCCAUCCUUAUCCCGGGCUUCUCUCCUGUCAGCAGGGAAGCCACAGUCGGGUUUUCAGGUAGUCUGGCAAGUCACUGGGGCACAUUCCAGCUCAGAUACCCCCUCCCCUCCCCGCCUCCUUCUAUUAAGCAAUACGGCAGUCCUCCGUGCUGGGCACGGACCGGACCAAAGGGGUGGUGGGAGCCUAGCAGGGGCACAGCCUUCUACCUCCCCCUCCCCUCUCCCACCCCCAUCCCAGGUUGGGCGGCCGGCUGUCAGAGGGGCCCACGAGCCGGCUGGGACAGGUGAGUCCUCCCCCCAACCCCCCGGUUCUCCAGCCUGUAUCCCCUAGGCUCGUCCCCACCCCAUUGACCAGCCUCAAGUCUGGCGUCUUCCAGGGGCCCCGGGACGGGGGAAGGAGAAGAGGGCCGAGGGAGCCAAACGGGGGAAUGCGGCCUUCCCCACCCAGAGCUCCGCUGUCUGGGUAGGGUCUACCCUAAUCCCUCUGACCCCCCGCCCCAAUCCCUCUGACCCACCUACCUCUCCAGUCUACCCCAAUCCCUCUGAUCCGCCAACAUCUCCGAUCUACCCCGAUCCCUCCUUCCCUCCUACCUCUCCAGUUUACCCCAAAUCCCUUCCACCCACCUACCUCUCUAGUCAGUCAGCCAAUCGUAUUUAUUGAGCGCCUACUGUGUGCAGAGCACUGUACUAAGAUCUUGGGAGAGUACAAUAACAUCUAUCCCAAUCCCUCUGACCCACCUAACUCUCCAAUCUCAGUGAGGGGAGGUGAUUGAUCAGGGGCGCCUCCCCCAGGGUCCAGUUUUGUCAUGGGGGGGCAGGACUCUCUCCUAGUUGCUGGUGUGGGGAGAAGGGGAAGGGCUACUUAGGAGAGCGGGUGGGGGCUCACCUCGAGCGAGAUUCCUUUCCUCCCCCGGCCCCAUCUCACCGUAGCUUAGUCUGAGACAAGCCCCCCCCCCCAACCCCCGACCCCCGGGAUCCUUCCCCCUGCUCUCCAGCAGGAUCCGCGGGGGGUCUUCCCGCGCCACCUCUUCCCCAUUCUUCUCGGUGGAUUUCACCAUAGGUGCUUUCAGCGUCUUGGUUUUAUACGACGGUCUUUGUAGCAGCGGUUUCUUUACUACUGUCCCCACCCGCGAGUGGGUCCCAGUUUCUGUGCUGGUGGGAUGAUUAAAGAUGAUGUUUGCCUUUAA